CGCCGGAAAAGCUUGUCUUUUAUGACCGGAAGUUUCUUUGUUGUGGGGGAAAGCCGGAAGUGUGCCGAGGAGUCUGAAGGGAACAAGAUGGGUUGCGACGGAGGAACCAUCCCCAAGAGGCACGAGCUGGUGAAGGGGCCUAAGAAGGUCGAGAAGGUUGACAAAAAUGCAGAAUUAGUGGCCCAGUGGUAUUACUGCACUCUGAGUCAGGAAAAACUAAGCAGACCCAUAGUUGCGUGUGAACUUGGCAGGCUGUAUAACAAAGAUGCAAUCAUUGAAUUUUUGCUGGAUAAAUCUUCUGAGAAAGCUGUUGUGGAGGCUGCAUCCCAUAUCAAGAGUAUAAAGAAUGUCAUAGAACUAAACCUCACAGACAAUCCAGCCUGGACAGGUGACAAGGGGAACACAAAGGGGGAUAAAUAUGAUGACAUCCAGAGUGCACGUUUUAUUUGCCCUGUUGUGGGACUGGAAAUGAAUGGAAGACAUAGGUUUUGCUUCUUGCGGAACUGCGGUUGUGUGUUGUCUGAACGGGCUCUCAAAGAAAUUAAAGCAGAAACCUGUCACAGGUGUGCUGUUCCUUUUCAAGAAGAUGACGUGAUUGUUCUUAAUGGCACAAAAGAAGACGUAGAAGUGCUGAAGAAAAGAAUGGAAGACAGAAGGUUGAAGAGCAAAUUGGGAAAGAAACCCAAGAAAUCAAAAGCGGCAGAGACCAUUGUGAAAUCUGAUGUUGUCGAAGAUACACCUGGGCCAUCGAAUGCAAAUACAGGAAAGGAUGCCACAAACAUUAAUUCUGGAGAAAAGAGGAAUAUUGCCUUCUGCAAGGGCACAGCAGUCGAGGGAAGCACAUUGUCUUCCUCUGGAAAAGACAGCAAAAUUGCAUCUGGGCCCCUCAAGCGACCUGCUACAAAUGAGGAGAAAUCAGAAGCAUACAAGUCUAUUUUUACUUCCCACAGCUCUGCCAAACGCUCCAAGGAACAGUCUUCCAAUUGGAUUACUCACACAGCUUACUAUUUCUGAAGCAACUGAGUUGUAUGAUUCCUAGCAAGUCCUGCUUUCCCUCUGAAAAGGAAGGUCUUUGUAAUGUGGUUUCACACAGCUUGACCAGGGAACUGUAAAUUCAAAAGUAGGUGAAAUAGAUAAGAAAAAAAUAAACCAUUAUACAGAUCGGCUUUGUUUGUUGCAGAGGAGGUGGUUUGAAGUACCAGUUUUUAAGAUCACUGCCUGUUCCCGUUUCUCACAACUGGUGUUUUUAUUCAAUGAUUCUUCUUGUUCCUGCUUCAUUUUCAUAAUUGAGAUGUGUAUCAUAAAUGUAAAGAAACAGAAGACAGGAUUCCAGCAUCUAGGUCGUGUGACCACCACCCAAUAUCUGUCAAGCCAGCUGUCUUUGAUAUCAGCCCUAUUUGUAGGGCUUUUUUUGUAGCAGGAACUCCUUUGCAUAUUAGGCCACACACCCCAGAUGUAGCCAAUCCUCCAAGAUCUUACAGGACUCUUAGGACAGGGCCCCAGGAGGAUUGGCUACAUUUGGGGGGGAGGGGCUGUGGCAAAGGAGUUCCUGCUACAAAAAAAAGCCCUGCCUAUUUGGGUAGGAAAUUAUAGGCUGGAGAUCCAGACAAGUAAGGCAGGAGUCCACCAUCAUACAGACACUCUUCUUGCCCAGUUUUUCUUCAGACUUGAUGUAGAUGAGGCAAGAUGCAAUCUGAGAAGGUUCCAACAAACAGGACAUUUUACUGCUUCCUAGAAGACGACUUUAAUGAGCCCUACUUUCCCCCCAUCAGCAAUACUCCAUUGUUCACGGGAUAUGAGCUGUUUUGUAGCCAGGUGAUAAAGCGGCAUUGCAGGCUCUGUACUGGCUGUUCCACUAGUAACAGGUUUAUCUCCUCCCAGUUUUUCAGGUGCAGGGUGUUACUGAAAGUUCCAUUUCCAUUCUUGUCUCUGUCUUUUGCAACUUCCUGAUGUCUUUCUCCUUACAAAUAAAACACAGUAUAAUACCAUGUUUUCCUAAA